UUUAUAUAUGUCUACUUGGCAUGGAAGAACAAUGAAAAUAUGGGAAAAACAUGUGGGGUGUGAGUGGGACAGACAAAAGAGAUCACUGCCUAAAUGGAUUGGAUGCUUAAGCUAAUGCUUUAUUGCAUAUAUAUAUUAACGUCAAUUUACUGAUAAUCAUCCAGCACUGGCAUAAACAAGGCUGAUUCUAAAACCGGGGUAGGCAUUGUCGUGGUUUCUCUAUCAUUUUAUCUCAUAUCUCUCUAGCUAGUCUGCAGAGAUUUUUGGGUGCAGGCCGAAAACGAGCAUUUUUUCUUUUCCAAUGGGGUCUAUGCUCGGUGACCUGCCGUCAUUUGACCCCCACAACUUCAGCCAGCUUCGUCCCUCCGAUCCUUCUAAUCCUUCUAAAAUGAUACCUGCCACCUACCACCCUACUCAUAGCCGGACUCUUCCACCACCCGAUCAAGUUAUAACUACUGAGGCCAAAAAUAUACUAAUUAGAAACUUCUAUCAGUGUUCUGAGGAGAAGUUGAGAUCAAAGAGAGCUGCCACUGAACAUCUAAUACCAGAGCAUGGACGCAAGCAACCUAGGGCUUCCACCUCAUAGUCGUAAUGAGAUUUUCUUUUGUUUCUUUAGUGCUCAUGUCUCUGUUUAUUCUCAUAUCAAAUGUUUGUUAUACUGUGAGGAAAGUUGCUUACCUAUUGUUGUAAACCGGGAUGCCAAACUUGUACAUUUUGUGUAUAAAUCAAACUAAUAGCUGGGGUUAUCAUAGUAACAAAAGGUGUUAUGCUUAGUUCUACAUUCUCUUCUUGGUAUUCAUUCCAUGUGGCAAUGGUAUGGCUGAAUUGCUGAAAUGCUAAAUCCUUGUAUGCUGGUUUAAGUAUUCAAGAUUUCAUCUUAAAAGUGAUGUGCACAAUUGAAUCUCUAGGUAAUCACACGUUUGAAAAUGUUACUUGGGGCUCUUGGGGCUUUAUGUUUUAACUGAAAUCAUAUACAUUUUUGUGUUGUCUGGUUUGGUAAACCUGAUUAUGAAGUUAGUUUUUUUUUCCUGUUACG